AUGUUGAGAACUAAAGGGAGGGCGAAAUGGAUGAAGAGUGUGGAGAGGGGUACUGGAGAGGACACGGAGGAAUGGAUGCAUCUGAGCCAAGGUAACAUGUGUUCUUCCAUCCCAGGCGAAGAAGAAAACAAAUAUGAGACAGUCAUGUGGGGAAGGAAUCCCCCCUAUGAAGGUGAACACAGUAAAGAGAAGUACAGGCAAAAGGGUACCCCGCCAAAUGAGGAACUGCGCAAAAGGUACCAAGGGGUACAAAAAAAACUGUAUCAAAAGUACAACCACCAGGGGGUAGGAAGUGACCCGCACAAGGUACAGACAUACGAGGGCAACUAUGAACAAGUGAACGAAUUAAAUAUACAUCGAAUGUUAUUACUAGGAUUGGAAAAGCUUAACAUAAGAGAAUUGAAUAAAAUGCAAAUUAACAGCUUCUUAACCAUACAGCAGGGGAAAGAUGUGCUUAUAAAUUACCCAGACGGGUCAGGCAAAACUAUAGCCUACUUGCUGCCCCUUCUAAACAACAUAUACUUUGUGCAUGACUACUUGGAGGAGCUGAUCCUUGAAAAUUAUCAUGAAGGAAAUAAAAAGAGGUGCGGAAACUCCGUGCAGGGAAAUUUCAAAUUUAAUAACAACUUUGACUUGUACAAUGAAAUGAGAAAAUAUUUCCUCAAGUAUAGUCACUACAGAAGGAAUGUACUGCUGGAAGAUAAUGUCACUCAGGUAGGGAAGAAGAUGAAUCAGAAUUUUCAUUUGCUUCCAAAUCAUUUUAAUGAACUGGACGAAGGGUCCAUGCUGGGUUCUCCUCACCUAGGUAGGAUGCAUCGCACUAAGAAAAAAAAAAAAAAAAAUACAUCAAUGUGGGAUGGAAAGGGAGGAGACAUAUUUUCACCAAAUGAGGAACAAACUGGUAAUAGACAAGGGGGCUAUGCGGAAGGAAAGAAGCAAAAGAUUGUGAGCCUCAUGAACAAACUUGUAGAAGUAAUUAAAAUUAACAAAAUUAAUCUGAACAACAUAAAUAGUGACCGUGUCAAUAAAGAAGAGCUAGCCAAAUUGGAAAACAUUUUAAUGUACAAUUUUAAGAUGAAAGAAAAAGAACCCAACUGUGUAGACACCCCUCCAGACAAUGACGAGUGCAUCUACCGCUACCUAACCAGAAACCCUUUACAAAUUAAUAAGCCAGUUAUUAUCCUAACUGUGAAUAAAGAUAAUAUAAGUCAAAUUGUGCGAGUGAUAAAACAACUGGACGUACUUAACCGAAUCAACAUACAAACCUUGAAUGAUGUGCCCUAUGAGGACACGCGUCCUUUUACCAUGGAUGAAAGAACCAACACAGAAUCGCACCAUGAAGAGAUGGAGAUGGAGAUGCAAUUACAGAACAGCUGUCACGUGGAAAAUUUACACGUGGUCAGCGUCAACCAAGUUUCCAACCCCGUGUUGUGCAGAGAUGAAAUUAUGUGGACAUGUGCAGACAUCGUGAUUACCACUCCGGACAUUUUUCUACACGCAUGCCAAAAUGAAAGAACCAAACAGAUCCUCCCCUCCAUAAUUAUAUUCGAUGAAGUAGAUAUGCUGUUUCAAAAUAAUGCCUACAGAAAUACACUGAUGAACAUUUUUUACAUUAUUAAGAAGAGGCCUGAGAUUUACAAUCCUCAUAUUGAUAUUAGCAGUGGGGGGUUGGAACAUGUGGCCACCUCGAUUGAGGCUGCCUUAAUGAGCGGUGGAUUCGACACUGCUCCGUUAAGGGGCGACGGGCCGGAUACGGCUCCCCUUGGCCAACCCCAAGUUUUAACUACCUUCCCAAGUGCACUUCACUCCCUUUCCAACCACGUCGAAUGCGACCAAUUUGGAGACCUGGACAUGUCGUCUGUGGAGGGGAUCAAAGGAGGGAACCCUGUUGGGGAUACCCACCAGAAAAACGCUUCCCACCUGAAAAACGCGGAAAACGGGAAAAACGCCUGUAACCGUUCCCCCCGGGGGAAGGAAAAAGAGCGAGAGCUGCCGCUACUCCAGAUGAUAUACGUCACCUCGACGCUGCCCUCCGUGGGACACACUACCGCGGGGAGUAUGCUGACAGAACGGUUCAGCAACCUGGUCGAAAUUGUGUGCAAGGAGAAUUAUCACAUCCCGAGAAACGUGCGCACCCAGUGGAUAGAAUUGAACAAGGACAAAAUUUUAAGCCACUACUUGUUUAGCGGUGGGGCGCGGGACACACACCAGAGGGGGAAGGAUAUCUCGGGCAUCGCAUCCAAGGAUGAUGAAGCCUCAACUCCGUAUAGCGGUUCCACCGCGCAACAUAGCAGUUCCGACUCUCACCAUGGGGGCAGCCUGAAAGACGCCGCCCUGUCUAGCAAGAUCAACAAACUGGAGAAUAGCUCCUUCGACCACAGACUGGAUCUUCUAAUCCACGUUUUGAAAAAGUACCACGCGUGGUCAGCUAGCUCAGAAUUUUACAAAGACGAAUUUUCUGAACAUGGUCAGGCGGAAAAGGAUACAACUGUCAACCCCGAAGAAGGGAAGAAAAAAAAAAAAAAAAAUUUUACAAGUUCAACAAAAGGGGGGAAGUUUCACCUAAUUGAUAAUAAAGCAGUUUACAAAACGAUCGUAUUUGUUAACAGCGUAAAGGAUUGCAUCCGGAUAUAUUUUUUUUUAAAAAAACAUAACUGGCCUGUCUUCUGCUUCCACAAAAACAUAUCAAUAAAUUCACGGAUGCAAAAUCUGCACAGCUUCCACCAAGCCCACGUUGCCAUUUUAGUGACCACGGAUUUGUUGAGCAGAGGCAUAGACACCCAAAAUGUGGACCACAUAAUUAAUUUUCAUUUUCCUUCCGAUGCGAUAACGUACCUGCACCGGCUCGGAAAAAUGAACAGAAGCGGCGGUGACCAUCAUAAUGGCCUUAAUCGCCAUAACAACGCGGAACGAUGGAAAAUGCGACACGGGCGAACUGCCUUGUUGGAGGAACACAUUGGUGGAGAAGCACAAACGAAACGGUCACGCGAAGGAGAUACAACAUCGGAGUAUAUUCCAACCCAUGGUCAACACAAGGACAACACGUGUCCGCGAACAAAUAAAACAUUUCUCGUAACAAACUUCUUAUCAUUUUCAAAUCUGCCUUUGGCACAGUCGAUUAGAAGUUGUGAUGAACAGAACGCCAGUUUGCUUCCGCUUUUUUCAAGGAAAAAAUCUUUCAAAAUGAAAAUUAAAAGAAAGGAAAAUAAUUCCCUUGGGGAGGACAACAGAUACAUCGACGUUGGGGAAGAGGAAGAGGUACAAUCCGAGAAUGGGCACUCGUGGAAACCUUCCACAUGCGAAAAUGAAGAAAAAAAUGUCUACGUCCAGGCGCCCUUCUCCGUUUUUUCGCUGGACAAUUCGGGCGAAGAGUCAGAAGAGAGCGACGCAGAUGAAGACUACACAGACGAGGCAACCAGACCACAUAUGAAAUUGCCCCAACGGAGAGCGGCGGAAAAAGGAAAAACUAAAACAAAGCAUAACCCACAUGCUAAUGAUGAUCACACGGAUGAAUGUGAUGGAGACACACUCUCCUGUGAAGAAAAAAAAUAUCUUCAAAGUUGUCUCCGGUCCAGAGUGCCUACCGGUGAUACGCUCCCUAGUGAUAAAAUCCCAUCCUGGGAUAACGUCCAAUUUGACAACAACAAAUUUCUCGUGGAAAGGUUCAAGAGUAGGGAUUGCUACCUGAUGGGGCAAGUCAAACGGGGGAAGCUCAUCUUUAACAACUUCGAAAGUAAUGCAGAUGGAGACGACGAUGAUGAGGAGUUGCUCUUUUGA